AUGGCCGCAGCCCCCAUGGAGUGGAUGAUGCUCGAGCCCUUCGUGUUCCGCAGGGACGGAGAUUCUUCCUUCCCGAACGACCGGACCGCGCCCUUCAGGGCCGAAGGCAUCAGCUCCCACGGUGGCCCCUUCACCGUCGCCUUCCGCGUCGUCGCCCCCCCGGCCAUCUCCCGCCUCUACCUGCAGUGGCCGGGCGGCCCAAAGGAAGGCUCUUCGUGCGAUAUUGUGGCGGCGCACCGCAACCUCCUCCUCUUCAGGCUCACCUCCAACCCUGUCAAGGGGAAGGAUGAGGAGUCCCUGAUUUGGCCGCAGGAGUACUUCAUGUGCCAAGGAUCGCCGCAGCAGCACACGCUGCAGCUCCACCGGAUCCCCAUGUUCACCCAGCGCUCUUUGCAUCCUCGCUCUGUCGGCAUCUUGUGCCACCCUGAAGGAAAAUUCAUCAUGGCGCAGCUGCGCCUAAGUGAAUCCCGUUUGCCGGCGAAGAUGGAAGCUGAGCUGUGCCUUCUACGCUCCAACGAGUGGGAGCUGCUGCGGAAUCUACAGAUAAAGUACGAGGCCCAUGAAUUAUCUGACUUGAUCCAUUGGAGAACCGACAGAGUGAUCCCUUUCGAAAACAAUCUGUGCUGGGUCAGUUACUUCAGUGGAGGCACCCUGUUCUGUGACGUAUCUGAAAAAAAGCCUAAAAUCUCCUACCAUCGGCUGCCUGUUCAUGACCGAUGUCGCGGUGCAGAUCUACACCGAUUGCGUGAUAUGAACUGCUCUUUGUGCACCACCGAUUCUGGCGGUAAGCUCAUGUUCGUCAAUGUUGCCCCGGAGGAUCAUGAGAUAGUUGGCCCAAUGCUUCCUGGUACGGAUUCUGUUGUCACCUGCCAUACAUUGAGGACACAAGACAUGGUGUGGGAAGAGAUGUUCGUCGUCACAUCUCAUGAAAUAUGGGGUUCCAAUGCCUCUCUCUCAUACAAUGCUCUGAUGUUUCCUCUUGUGAGUGUGGCCAAGUCAAAUGAGCUAUACUUUCUAUUGCCUGAGAAAGGGGAGCGUGCAAUUGACAAGGUUUCGGUGAUUGGUGUUGAUACUAUUACCAAGCAUACGGAGAUUCAUCAGUACAUUAAAGGAGAGGAAGACCUCGGGGGUGAAGAUGAUGACAUGGUUAGGCGAAAGUCCCAUCUUCUCCAUCCCUUUGUUCCCUCCGAGUUUCCAAAGUUUUUCUGGCCUCACCAGUUAAGGUGUGUUGAAGACUACCAAGACGAAUUGACGAAAUCAAGCAACCAGGUCUCUGAUGGCUGUUGCUGUGUGAUGUAGGAGUGUAUUAGUCAUAUGAUCAGAUGGUUAGGUUCUUUGUGGUGGAACCAACCCAUCUAGUUUCAAGUCCCAGACUUCACAUGGAUGCUCUCAUAUUCCUGGAUUAAUUUCAGGCAUUCCGACAAUGUGCGUUCAGUGAGAGACGAUGUCCCUGUCGACUACGAGGUGCCUGCAGUGCCUUUGUCAAUCUCAAGAUUUGUCGGCCUCGGUCUCUCGGAGGUGCUCACAGGUGUGUGGUGUGUGUGUGUGUGCGCGCGCGCCCGCGCUCAUGGAGAUGGUGUACAUGCGUGUAUAUGACGAGUGUCUGCGUUUGUACAGUGUUUCCCAAAGAAAAACAUGCUGUGAUGGAUUUGGGUAUUGGAUUGUAGUAAUUGCCAAGCCUAUGGCAUGGGGUAACUGCCAGGUUAUCUGGGUGUUGAAUAUAUUAUCAUGAUCUGAUUAGUAAUGAUCAUGUUCGUGAUGCUCUCUGAUCCAACCACAUAAAGGAUGGCUUUGUUUUUGAGAUUUGUAUA